UUCCUCUUCUUAUAAAGUCAGUAUAGGCUGGAUGAGGCAGAAAAAAUAAAGCAAACUGAAAACCUCAGUGGAUUCAAGCAACAACUUGCUCUUCCCACUCACGAGAGUCUGCUGUGGCUCUUCUAACAAUGACUCGGGGUACAGUCUAUUUCUCAUUGCACUUUGGACUAAUGCUGUGUGGUUUGGGUCACAGUGACUUUCUAUCUUCAGCGUAAACUAUCAGUAUUUUCUUUUUAAUCUCAACCUAUGAAUUCCUGAUCAUCAAGCUGGAGGAAGAGAAAGAAAAACAGCCAAGAAAAAAAGGGCACAGGUAGUAUUGUAUUCCAAGAAUCAUGCCCCCGUCAACGCAAUUUUAAGUGCCAUGGAACACUGGAGACUUAGAGCUGCAUGAAAAAGAAAAAGGCGGAGGACAUUUCUUCCCCUGGCUUUCCCACUGGUUUACCGCUUGGCACCUCAUCGUGGAUGUGCUCUCUCCUAAGCUUCCAGUUCAGUUACGGUGAGGGAGCGAUGGCACCCAAGACGGUGCCAAGGAAAGAGCAGCUCUUGUCAUGCAACAGUUCCCGCAGUGAGUCACAGGGCAAUGUGCGGUGCCUGACUUAUAACACACCCGAGAGUGCGAACGCUGACGCUAUUAUUUCCAUUCUUAUCCCAAAUGCCAGGCCGGCCGAGCCUGUGCCAAGACGCAGACCGAGCGUGCGAGACAUGCCGCCCCGAGGAGCCCCGGGAGCCCCGGCCGUCGGCGAGGCGCGCAGCUGCGUCCCCGCCGCUCCUCGGGAGGCCGGGGCUCGCUCGUCCGGGGAGCCGAGGCUUCACCGAGCUCCUCUGGCUGCCCUGUUUACACUUUUUUUGAAGGGCUCUGGCCGUGUGGCCCACAUCGUGAGCCCGGGAGCUCCAGACUCAAGAGGUCCUGCACCGCGGCCUCUUGAGCAGCCGGGAACAUCGGCGUGCGGCUCUCGGGAGCUUUUCUGGAGACAAGCAAGCGCCCCUC